AGGUGAUGAAGUGAGGUAAUGACGCGGAUCGACCCUUAUAGCGCCUCGCUACGUGAGGAGCAGAAGGCGAUUCUGAAUGGACUGCUUGGGCUCAUCUACGACAACUAUGACACAACGAAACGGAUAGAAAAUACCGUGAACAGUAUAUAUAGGAUAGUGAUCGCAAUGCUGGUGAUAAUUGUUCUGUUGGUGGUCGGCAUUCUUCUCUUCGUUUGUUAUGUCAUCUGUCGGAAGUAUCAGAACGAAAGGGCUUCGCCGAUGCACCAACCGCGGAAGUCCGCACCUAUCGAAAUCUGA